ACUGUCAAAUGAAAGGUAUUAAAACGUCAGUGAAACGAUAGAUUGACGACGUUAUUAUUGUAACUUGUCGGAAAAUUAAGUCAAAACACUGAUCGAUCAGUUGUGAACAUAACACUUUACGUAAUUAUCCAAACAAACUCAAGGUCCAAUAAAUUCGUGUAAAAUAACAUAACCUUAAAGUUAUGAGUGUAAGAAGUUUUAUUUUUAAUACAACAUUGAGACAAACCUCUUUGCUGAGGCAAAUACGACUUUCAUCAUGUUGGUCUUGUGGCAAAGAUGUUAAAAACGUACAGCCUAGUCUAUUUUGUGGAAGUUGCAACGCAUUACAACAGCCCCCCAAAGAUGAAAACUAUUUUAAAAUCAUGGGGGUUAAGGAAUCCUAUGACUUAGACGAAUCAGAAUUAGCAAAGAAAUACAAGGAAUUACAGAAGUAUUUACAUCCUGACAAAUAUGCUAACAGAAAAAAGGAAGAGCAAGAAAUAUCAGAGAAGUAUUCAUCAUUAGUUAACGAAGCAUACAAGACAUUACUGGAGCCAUUAAACAGAGGAAUUUACAUGUUACGCUUACAAGGCAAGGAGAUACCAGAACAGACAGAAGUAGACCAAGCAUUCCUAAUGGAAAUAAUGGAAAAGAAUGAAGAAGUGGAAAAUGCGGAAACGGAAAAAGAAAUAAUGGAAUUAAAUGCAGAAAACAAAGCCAAAAUAAAUAGUUUACAGAAAGAGGUCUCUGCUGCAUUUUUCCAAGGAGACAUGCAGAAAGUUAUCAAGUUACUAGGUCUUAUGAAGUAUUAUACUAGCAUAGACACUCAAAUACAACUGUCGAUACGUAAUAAAGGAAUUAUACGGUAAAAUACAGUCAUGGUGCCCCAUAUUUUUGUAUCAACCUGAGUCAGGCUGGCGCCACUUUCGCAAACAUUUCUUGCGAAACGGAUUUUUUUUGUGACCAAUAAGCACCUAUCACUUGAAAUUAGUUUCAUUAAAUUUAUUUUCCAAUUUUAUAGGGAACACGUGUGCAAUUUAUGAGUAUAAAAUACAAAAUGUAAAUAAAUUAGUCUUCCUAAUUGUUUGUUUUUGUAUAUUGUAAUUUUAUUAUGUUUUUCGUUGUUACUUAUUGAGAGUGUAUUAAAGAUGAGAAUAUACAUUUAA